AUGAAAGAUGAUAGUAGCGGCUUCGCAUCAGAGGCUGAAACCAAUCUCAGCAAAUCGAUGACCAGCAACAGCAGCUGUGGUGACGAUCAUGUUGCGCCAAGAAGCAAUGAUGCCAUUGUCACGACAUGGGAUGAAGCGCUGCUGAUUGCUCCCGAUGCGAGGAAAUGGGUGCCGGCACCAGCCGAAGACUUUUCGUUCGGCAGCGACGCUUUCGACUGCAGUGACAGCGGGGAGUUUGAAUCUGAGCACAGUGCGGAAUUCGGAUCUCCAAAAUUCGUCUCAAGAUAUCUAACCCGACCUGAGACUAGAUCGAACCACGAAGCCGCCAGCUUCGAUGCGCGUACCUCACGAACCGCGCACCUAUUACCGUCGUCUUCAAAAAUGUCCCCGUUAGCAAGAAACCGCUCUACGACCAUUCCUGCUGCUAGGCCCAGACUGGAAGCGGCAUACAGUCGCAGGGAAAUGUCCCCCAAAAUCGAUCGAAAAUCGUCCGACAUGGAAAUGCUGGUUCCUACUGGAGUUCAAAAGCGCAAAUCUAAGCAACCAUUAGCCGUGUCAUCAUCCAAGGACCCGAAAGAUUUCUCAUUCCGUAAUAAUUCUAUCAGAACAAAGCUGAAACGUUAUGUUCCCCUUCCAAGUGACAAUAAGAAAACGCAAUUUGAAUUUGAGGCCGAACAAGAAUCGAUACCGUUACAGAUUCGGUUCUCACAGAAACAGGAAAUGCCAUGCCAGUUGGCUUUACGACAACGCAUUACUACUUCAGACGACGAGCAUCUUCAGGGACCACCACCAGUUCGAGCCCGAGAGGAACAGGAAAUAUAUGCAGAUCCCUGUAAAACAGCAACAGAGACGCGGUAA